AACGAAUAUACCUCGUUGGGAUACACGUUGCCGCGAUAUGACGGCAAUAGGUGGAGGUGGAACGCAAUCAUUUCCAUCAGCAAGCAUAGAGGAGGAGCUAGAUGAGUUGCGACAAGAGCUCUGCAUCUGUGAAGCCGAGCUCGGACUCUGGAACCACCGACUGGCUGUUGCACGGAAACAUGGUACGAACGAGGCCGCCAACAACCGCAAGCGUCCCCGUCCUUCAACGACAACCGAGUCCGUCGCCGUUGUAGAUCCAUCCCAAGAAAUGGAUAUGGACAUUGCGAGUGAGGAAAGUGUCGUCAAACGACCUCGUCCGAUUGAAGUAUCGUCGGCGGUGCCCGUCCACCCGAAAGAGUCACACUCGGACACAGGUGUGGCAAGUAGCGACGUACCUUCAGUGGUGGACAUACCCCUACCAAUGCCGCUGACAUCUCCAACAAAUGAUUCGACCCCGCCAACGUCUCUAGCUACCCCUACAACCAACCUACCCACACCAACUCCACAGGCGUCUCCAACGAAUAGGUCGACCCUGCCGCCUCCACUGGCUGCCCCUACAAGCCACGAACCCACGCCAGCCGGCCCUCUGGCAUCCCCAAUGAACAACAAUUCGACUCCACCAACGCCGCUAGCGUCUCCAUCUUCCGCCGUCACGACAAACCCAAUGUCCAACGAGCGACAGAAGCUGCUUCAGAAGCUGCGAGAAGAACGCGCCAAAGCUGCACGGCGCGAAAAGCUUUUGGAGCUUCAAAAGACGGCCGACGAGACGUUAAAGAAACAACAAAGGGCAAGGGCGAGGUUGGAAUUGGCCGAGCUCAAGGACCAGCAGCUGCCGCCGAACCGCCCGUUGCCGCCAAGCAAACCACUAUCGCAUCGGAAGCAGUUUCCCCCACGACCAAACACAUUGGCAUUGCAGCGGGAACGGACUUUGAAGCGGCCGCGACGCCACGACGCCCCUCCGCCGACGGCGACGGCGACCACACGUCCUCUGUUGGAACCCCACAUGUAUACAUUGCCAAAGGACUCGACGUUGGUCUUGGCAACCAUGGCAGACCUAGUGUCGCAUCUGUUUCGAGUGUGCACGCGAUGGCUCGUCCAGACCAAUCAUCCCAUCGCACUCCAUGCAUUGGAAACCCAGUUCCAACAGUAUGCUGGCAUCGACGUGUCCGCCGCGGUCGCCCAAGUGGCGAGCUACGAUCAGGACCAAGCUCCUCCAAUAACAGACUUGGCAAGGGUCUUGUCAGCGUUUCCGUUGUUCGAUGCUUGUGUAUCGGGGCUCUUAACUGUCCGAUCCACCGACAUUACGUCGCCGCUGUCGUCAUCACCGCUGUCGUUGAGCUGGCUUCUCCCGCCAGAGGUGUCCACAGCAGAGCACUUGGCCACGCAUCUCUCGUAUAUCCGCGAACGUUUCAGCGCCGCCGUGGCCGUCGCCUCGCGCCUUGAAUCGACGUCCUCUGCGAUGGACGUCGUACACGCCCAAGCCUUCUUGGCCGACGUGGAGGUGGUGGCAUUGCUGCGUGGUGGCAUCAUUCGACCUGCGCGGACGUCCGACAUAAGUCUGUCGGUCGCAGACUUGUACAUGGCAUCGUUAUCGAGUGGAGUGUCUGGCACGCCGGCGGCUACCCCUGCCGCCACCACCAUAACAACUACGACAUGUUCGCGACGCGUGCAGCCGUAUUCCAUCGACGACGCAUCUCCCCUUGACCAAAUCCGCGCCUACCGCUUCCAUCCAGCAUAUACCGCCACCCAUUCCGUCCAGCCGUCGCUGCUGAGUGCCACGUACUCGAACCAUGUGGACCCGAUGAAGGUUCUGUGCCCGUUUGAACUGAAUGGCGUGUGCCACGAUGACAAGUGCGAGUACCAGCACGAGCGCCAGUACUUGAUCUCACCCGACGCGGCGUACGGAGAGCUCAUGCACCGGUGGUUCCCACACCAAGAUCCGACCUCGGCGACGGAUGCCGACGACGCCGAGCGGUUGGCCAACCUUGCUGUGACGACCUUUCAAAACGCAGCCGGUGCCUCGUCCACUGAUUUGCUGUUUAUCAAAGAGAAGACAUCGAAACCACCGCGAACCUUGCGUUCUAUUACUGCCGACGCACAACCGUCGUUGAACGAGGACCAGAUGUUGCCGACAAACAUCCAAGCGUCGUUCUGCUCGAUCGUGAACCCGCUAGCCAAACUUCGAGCGACCACCGACGUAGGGUUUGGGCUGCAGUUUUUAGUCGAGGACGAAGGAAUUCGACGGGGUCCGCUAAAGAGUCCUGCGAGAUUAUCCACGGGCAAACCAAUGAACGAUGUGGCGGCUCCACCAUCUGAACUAGUCGAAGGCGAAGACUUUUUGGUGCUGCAGCCGGCUUCGACCCUUGACGCCACCACCGACAAACUCAGCACUUUUGACCGAUACUACUCGAAAGACUGUACGCAAACGCAUGUUCAAGAACUGGAGCUUCAAGUGGCACAGCAUCCUGACGAUGUGAACGCGUGGAUGGCGCUCGCCUUGCUCCAUGUAGACGUGGACUUGCCCAACAUAGACGAUGUGGGCUCGUGGUCGUGCCAGUCUCAAGUCUUUCAGAUUAUCCAGGUGAUGCGGUCAAAACGACAUGCUCGUGAGACGCUCAACGUGGACAAGGCGGUGCACAUUCUGGCGCGGGCACUGGAGAUCGAAGCGAAUUUAUACAGCGAAGUGCUGUGGCGAUUGUACUUGGCUUUGUAUGCCAAGGACGGAUGGAGCGACCUUGCCGACCAAGCGAUGCAAUUCCUUCCGUCCUCGGCCAAGUUGUGGCUGUGUCGGCUAGACCACCAUUCGUUCGGGUCGGUCAGUGCCGCCGCAGGUCUGUUCCGGCUCGCCAUUGAAAAAAUCACCCAGCACAACCACCACCCCCCAACCGCGACAAUGGCCCAUGAUGUAUUCGAGUUGGUGGUGCGGUGGUGCCGCCUAUAUGUGGACGCGGGGCAAGGAGCUCAAAGCCGCCAGCUGUUGGAGUCGAUUCUGGACGACAAAACGUCUGGUUUCACGGCGGGGUUUGACCAAGACCAACUGGCCACUCUCUGGCUCGUGUAUAUGGACCUGAUGGUGUUGGGAACGGUGGCAGAAGACGUGCAUGAAGAAGUGGACGUGUACGACUUUGUUUACUCUGUCACACUCGUUCGAGACGUGGUGAACCAGCAUCCGCUGCCGAAUGUGGUUGCGUUCGAGUCUGUGAUCCACCGCAUGACGAGGUCGUUGGGCCAGAAUCAUGUGGCCGUGGCCAUCGUCCGGCUGAAUCAAGUGGUCGUCCAAGCAACUGCAACCAAAACUGCAACCGACAACGUGGCGCCCCUGCUGUCGACGUUGGAAGAUCACAUGCAUGGCGCCUCUCCCCCUCGGCUAUGCUUUUCAAUCGCCACGACGCUGUUGUCUAUCGACUUGCCUUGCUGUGAGACGGCGGCGCAGCGAUGGAUUCAGCACCUGCGGGCAUUGCAAGCAGACGACGACGCUCAAAUGUACGCGAGUAUGCUCGACAUGACGCAUGCCCACUUGGUCCUCGAUGCGCAGACCGUUGUGACGAAGUUGCUGCAGUGGACGGAAGCGCUCAACUCGAACGAAUCGACUGUGGGGGUAGCGUACGGGGUGCGCCUUCUCCAUGCGAUGGGGCGGCUGGAAGGUCCUGCGGUCGCCAGCCAGCACCUUGAUUGGGUGUUGGAACGGCCCAGUGUGUCUAGCCGAUUGACGACGGGGGACCAGCACCACCUGUGGGCCCUUCGCCUGCACUGGGCGAUCCAACUCGGUCGAGAUGGCGACAAAGUACUCCGUCGGUUCCUUCAACGCCAGGACGACGUGCCACGUCAUCGGUGGCCGUCCGUGGCGCCCGCCGUCGAGUGGUGCCUGCAGCCCCCGUCCCGUCGCUUUGCUUUCCGGAUGUUUCGUCGGUACGUGUCGUCCUUCCCCGAGCCCCUCCACGCCCGCGUGUUUGCCCGAUUCACCACCGAGUUUGCCGUGUACCCCCCGUUUUUUGUCGCAUAUGCAAGUACGUACACUAGUAGUACUAGUAGUAGUACUAGGUAGACUCGCAUUGCCACAACAUGUGUAUAGAGUGUGCGUUUUCAAGCGAUCGCGAUCGGUUUACGUUCACGAGUGCAUUAAAGCAGUGCAUGGCGGUAAUAUCAGGCGACACGUGUCUUCUCCAAGUGGCAGUGCACACUGAGCUCCAAGCUAUGACCAAAGCCGGGAUUCCCCGGUUGAAGUCGUAUAUCAAGGCGGCUACGAUAGCUAACCCUCUGGCGAUUCUGCCUUUCACCUUGGCGAUGGCGGUGGACACGGCGAUGGGGACGUCCAAGCUCGUCGUGGCCCACCUAACCCCCGUCGUGCAGCUAUUACGUCAACGUGGACUUCUUCCGCCCGCCCCCCCAACUGACAGCAUCCCCCCCACAUCGUACGCUACGCCAGGAAGUCGCCUCGUUCACCUCCCGCAGUGUUUGCUGGUUAUGACCCACCUUCGCGAGCUGGAUCUGUCUCGAAACUGCCUUCUCACGCUUCCAGUCGACCUCUUCAAGUCGCUCGUACACUUGCAAGUCCUCAACGUAUCAUGCAAUUCGCUGCUGUGUCUCCCCGACUCGAUCGUGACGCUGUCGCAGUUGCGCGUGCUAGACGUGUCGCAUAAUCAUGUGACAGAGUUGCCGCUGUUGUUUGGCCAGCUGCACGCAUUGCAAGAGCUGGACGUGACCGCGACGUUGCUCACGUCCGUCCCGUCCACAUUUGCCGCCCUCAAGCACCUCCGUCAUGUGAAUGCUCGAGGUACACCUCUAACUCUGGACUUGCUUCGACGUAGCAUCGGGCCAAUGGUAUCGAUCGACGUCGACGACAAGACGACCGACGUAGUGUUGCAGGCGACCCUUGGGCCCUGUGCACAGUGUCACAGGCAUCCCGGCAAAACCCAGCGUUUCAACGCUGUUGUGUUGUGCGCCAAGUGCAUUUUAGUAGCCUUGCUUCCAUUGCUAUAGAGGAGAAGAAUCUUAGAUCGCAUUUGAAUGAUGAUAUAGAUUAAACCUAAUAAAACGAGUUUCUACUCCAA